AUGCACAUAAUAGUGCAAGAAAAGCCUCAAGAUAGGAAGAAAGAAGUCUGGUGGUAUCAGGUGAAGGUCUGUUCUACUGCUGUGGUUUCCCUCACGCUCCUCGGUGCCUGCUUCAUUGUCAUCUGUUUGGGAAAAAGCUGUGGCUGCCCAAAGAAUUGGAUAGUAUUUAAUACCAGCUGUUACUGUAUUUCUUCUGAAUUUAAAAUUUGGAAUGAGAGUGACAAGAACUAGUCUGGCAUGGGAGCUCAUCUGCUGGUGAGCAACACUAAGGAGGAACAGAAAUUACUAUUACAGUACCUGAAAGCAGUAUGUGCUUACUAGGUGGGACUGUCAGACCCAGAAGGGAAGGAUCAGUGGCAGUGUGUAGACCAGUUACCAUACAACAAAAGUGUCACAUGA